CACCAGGGAGCUGCACCAGGGAGCCGUAUCUCAUCGCCGCCCGCCCAAACUGCAGGAGAGAGAUAAGCCACGCCCCCUCAUCUCCCCCUCCUGGAGGACGCAGCUCUCCAGUUCUUGACUUGGACUGCUGACUAUGCCUGACCCCUGGGUUCACCGGCCCAUGCCACCUGGUCUGCUGGACCAUCCACUAACCAACCAGGACCCCACUUAAGAAGUGACAGCAGAAAUUGAGCGAUCAGGGAUUAAUCAGCUAUCCUGUGGAUAUGGCCUUAGGAAAGAUGAACAUUACACAAGAGCCAACCUUAAAUACAACUGAGGGGAACAUCUCCAGAAUAAGCUGCCAUUGGAAUAGUGAAGAUGAUGAACAGGUCAGAGUUCAAUGGAGAAAGUAUAUUUCAAGCACUGAGGAUGAGAACGGGGCCGCAUUAUGUUCUGUGAGGACUGAGCAAAGUAACUAUUCAGAAGUGAGAAAUAAUAAAAUAACUUGUAAUGUGGCCAAUAAUACAGCACAGCUGACCAUAGAGGGGGUCAAAGAGGAUGAUGGGGGGCUGUAUGUCUGUGAGGUUAUCAUCGAAAUACCAAGACUGAAUAAAGCAAAAGGGAGCGGCACACGGUUAAAUGUCCAGCAGAAGAAUGAAGGUCCGCCACUGAAAUCCAAGGCUCCAUAUUCUGCCAUUGUUGUAAUAUUUCCCAUAUUAAUGGCUCUGACAGCGUACUUCCUGUGCAAAAGAAAGAAAAAGAAAUUUAAGAAAAUCCCACAAAAGAGAAGGCAACAACAUGUGGAGCUUCACCAAAUUCAUCAAGACGCAGCUAAAGCCGAAGAAGACAGUAACUCUUCAGACUCGGUCACAUGGGCACUGUCAACACUUUAUGAGUCAUUUGAUUAUUUUGCAAUAAGGAAACCGGGUGAUAACACUGCCGCUAUUUCUACAAGCAACUUGGCCAGGCCUGAAACAGUGGAGGAGUCUUCUCUUACUGCUAUGUGAUACUUCAUUAUAUUUGCACACUCACUGGAGAGUAAUCAUUGGGUGCAGCGGUGUAUAAUAAUGAAAUAGGUCAAGUAGUCGCUUGGGGCUGUAAAGGGCCCAGAUCCUGUCCACUCAAUUAUGCAGAUAGGACCAACAAAAGCAUAUUGAUGGACCAUGAUCAGUGAGGGACAGGGGUAAGGACAGUAUAACGCCACUGGCUUUGAAGAGCUCAGCAUACAGUAAUCUACCAGACAGAACCUGUCAACAAAAGUAGGCCCCUUUAACUAUACAACUACACAGGUGGCCCAUGUGGUAAAGCCCAUGUUUGGAGUAAUUUAUCAGCCCCAUACCCUCCAGUAGGAUCACAUGGUUACUACUCACUGGACAUUUUUGUUAGCAAGUUGAAUUCCCUUGGACAAUUCUCCUUAUAAUGGGCAAUUUUGAGGACAUGCCUUGCAAUAAAACCAAAUGACUAAUGUAUUAAGAAUGUAAAUAUAAAAAUAUUGAAGAAUUCUUGAAAAGUCAGGAUUACAUGUAUUUGAGGUAAAUCUUCCAAUCUUACCCACCUUUACCCCAGGAGUCCAAAAAACUCAAAUCAAUAACAAUAUUUGCAAGAUUUUUUCAUUGAAAAGUUUAGGGUAGCCAUACACAUUAGGGUGUCCAUUAGAUGUGUGUCAGCUAAACGAAGCUAAACAAUCUAAUACGCAUAUGUGGACUUCCUUUCCCUUACUUCUUUUGCCAAUCAAUGCACAUACUUUUUCUCUGCUAUACCAUGACUUAGUGCUGGAAAAUUUUCACUAGAAUGAACAGGCUAGCACUAUGCUAAGCUGAUGAUACAGAAAUUAUACUAAUAAAGAUGGCAUAUAGGGAUGUGACGUCACGAGGGGCGGAGGCAUGACAUCACGAUACUCGGGCCCCUGUAUCGCCUAUCAUUAGGCACGGAGCGAAGUUCGCUCCAUGCAACAGAUGACAGGGGGUGCUGCAGGAGAGAUCACGGGGGUUCCCAGUGGCUGGACCCCCCCAAGAUCAGACAUUUUAUCCCCUAUCCUUUGGAUAGUGGAUAAGAUGUCUGGAGUGGAGUAGAAAUGAACACAAACAGGUUAGAGCAGAAAUGAAAACAAACAGGUUAGAAGGAGGUUUACACUGCAUUACUAGGGACAUACACCAGAAGGUACACAGGUAUUUACACAAAGGAUAGCUUCCUUUUAUUGGUGGUGAAAGAUGAAAGGGAAGCCUUGAUUUACCUUUGAGGAACAGUGUGGAUCCUCCUCAGCAGGCAGACUAGCUCCGCUUGCAGGCAGGCAGGCACACAUGCCAGUGAAUAAACUAUUGUUACUUAUAACUUCCCUUCAUUUGGGAAAGUAAGUCUACUGCGAUGUACAGUAUAAACAGUAUUCAAUUAACAACUUUAUAUGUACCGUAUUUAUCGGGGUAUACCACGCACCGGCCUAUA